CCACCCCUCGCAAACACCAUCAUCACUGUCAGCUACCUAAAACAGGAAACGCCGACACGCGGCGUUGUGUUAUUUUCCUCCUCGUAUUUUACUUCACAUUUUGACUAGAGUCAAGUCGAGGAAAAAAAGGUGUUGAGUUCAAUGUUGACGACCACUGACAGGACUGACGGCGAGGCUGAGCUGUGGAUGCUGUUGACGGUGUAACCGGAGAGAAGGCCUCUGUCAGCAGCAUGGGGCAGCGCCUUGGAAAGAGAGAGUCACCAACAGACAACAAGGCCUCUUCACCUGAGACCAAAGAUGAGGAAGGACCAGCAGCACCAACCACAUCAGCAGAAGAGCCUGAAACACAAGAUGAAGUCUUCGGAACGGGUGAGAGAGAUGCAAACAAGAACAAUGGCUGCAUCUCGGAGAAGCCGGCGGUGACUGACUCCACAGGCGCUGAGGGCCCCCACUCGGCCUGGACCUCGGCCAGCACAGCUGACCCUGAUGCUGCCAUACCGCGCCCCCACCUGGCCCGCCUCUUCUCCCGAGAUGCCCCGGGCCGAGAGGACAACACCUUCAAAGACCGACCCUCUGAAUCGGACGAGCUGCAGACUAUCCAGGAGCACAGCGGAGCGGCUUCAGAGUGCGGGUCGGAGAGCCCCGAACAGGACCUAGACUAGGCUAGCCUUUCUUCCCUCCCGCU